AUGGAUAAGAAUUAUGAAUUUCAAUACUACCAGAAUUUAAUGAAAAAGGAGUUAAAAGAUUAUGAAGCACAUUCAGAUGUUUCAUGCAAAAUUGGAUAUAGUGAUUCUGAAUCAGAAGGGGUUGCAUCAAUAAAAGAAGUGCCCUAUUAUGCAUAUAAAAAAAAUGUGAUAAAUAAUAAGAAAGAAAAAUUAGAAAAGCCAAUAUGGCGAAGCUUUUAUGAUAUAGAAGAAACUGCAAAAGAUUCAUAUUCUGAUUAUGAAUAUUCAAAGAAUAAAAAGCUCGGAAGUGAAAUUGAAUCACCUCGAUUUGGGAACACAUCCGAAGAUGAUUAUAAAAAUAGUGAAAGAGUGAAUAAUGAAAGUUAUAAACGAAAUCAAAAUAAUGAAUGGGAAAAUAAUUAUAUAAAUGCAAUAAAUGAUUCUGCAAAGAUUUAUCCAUUUGAUAAAAUAAAUAAUAAUGUAAAAAACUCAUUAAUAAAUAAUAGAAAUGAUAAUAGUUCAAAUGAAGAUUUGAUAUAUAUGUCUAAUAAUCUUAAUUAUAAUUUUAGAGAAGAAUUAGAAGAAAACAUGUUUAACAAUUUAAAUAUGUUUAAAAAUUUAAAAAAAAAUAAUUUUGAUGAUGCUACUAAGCAUUUUAUGAAACCUAAAACAUUUAAAGACAUAAAUGGGUUAUAUUAUGAUACAAAUGAAAAGGCAAUAGAUAUUGAUUUGCUAAAAAUGGAACACGAAAAAUUAACAAGAAUGAGUAGUUUGGCAAAUUUAAAUCAUAUAGAAUGUGAUUAUUUUCCUCAUAACAAUUUUACAAACACCCACAAUGAUAAUGAAUAUAAACAAAGUAAAAUAAAUAGAAGGGGUAAUAAUAAUUAUACUAAAUUGAAAAAAAAUAUAUUAGACAAAAAUAUUCAUAGUAAUGAAAUAAAUAACACAUCAUUGUCUUCUGAUGAUAUAAAUUCAUAUAUUUAUGAUCGAACUGCAGAAGAUUAUAAUGUAGGCAUUAAAAAUAAGAAGGGGAUUGAAAACACCGGGAAGAUUGGAAAUAAGUCUAAAGGGAAAAAUACAAUAUUGAAGAGAAUAGGAGUGCAUUGGGAAGACAAAAAGAAAAUGCAAAAUGAGGAAAGUUAUGAUGAAGAGAUGGAAGAUGAAGAAGAUGAGGAAGAAGAGGAGGAAGAUGAGGAAGAAGAGGAGGAAGAUGAGGAAGAAGAAGAAGAUGAGGAAGAAGAAGAAGAUGAUGAAGAAGAUGAAGAAGAGGAGGAAGAAGAUGAAAGGAAAAAAAAGCAUAUACAUAAAGGUGGUAAAAAAAGAAAUGAUAGUGAUAAGUUUUUAAAAUUAAAAAAAAAUAAUAUGUCAAAUGAUUUAGUUAAUAAUAAAAAGAAUCCAAAAAAAAGACAGGAUGGUAAAAAAAAUAAAAAAUCUUUUGUAGGUACACCUAAAAGUAUAUCGAAAGAGAUUGUUAAAAAUAUUAUUAAGGGCAUUGUUGAAAAUUAUGAUAAUAAUUACAGUGAACAUUUUAAUUCGAAUACGAUGUCUAGCAGUGAUGAAAAUGAGGAUAGUGAAAAUAAUCAAAAAACGAAUAAAAAUAUAUCAGAACCAAAAAAUACAUCAGAAAAUGAAGAUUUGAUAAAUGAGCAUAUUGCCAAAAAAAUAAAUUUUGAAUGGUGGAAAUCCACUGAACAAAUUGAUAAUAAAGAAAUCGAUGAUAUUAAAAACCAGAAGGAUGCUUCUGAUAAAAUCAAUAACAAAGACAAUUUAAUAGAAAAAGAAAACUCACAUAAAGAGAAAAUUGGGAAUAGAUAUGAAAUACCAAAGGAUAUUUCUUAUUAUGUGAAUAUAAAUCGAAAAAAAAAUGUUGAACAAAUGAUAGAUGAUAAAAAUAGUAAUAAUUUUGAAGAUGGUAAUGAUGAAAGUGGUUCUAAUGAAAAAAUUGAUUCAUGUGAAAAUGACAACAAUAUUGAUGAUUCGAAGAAAGAGGAAAAUUUAGAAUCACAAAAUAUAAUGAAACAAUUCAAUAUAGAAGAAUAUAAUAAUAAUUCUUCACUAAGUAAUGAAAAUAAAGAAUCUAUUCAUAAUUUUUUACACUGUGAAAGUGAGCAAAUACCCGAUUUUGAUAAUAAUAAAAACAAACUUCUAGAAAAUGAUAACCAGUCUGGUAAUACUAUUAAUGAUUUAUACUCUUUCUAUGAUAAAAUAAAUGAAUAUUUUGAAAAAGAAAAUGAUGAUGAUCUGAAUAAUAAGAAUAAGCCAGAUCUAAUUUCAAAUGAUUCGAAUGAUAUUAAAAAAAAAAACUUAAUUGAAUUUGCACAAAAAAUUAUGGAAGGACAAAACAGUAUCGGUAAAAUUCAUAAAAACUUUAAUGAUUAUGACAAAGAUGAUAGCAAAAAUGAAAAAAUUGAUAUAUUUUUAAAAUAUUUAAAAUGUGUAGAUAAUAAUUUAUUAGAAACAGUUUUUGCAUUUUUUGUGGAGAAAGAAAGUAAUGCUGAAAUAAAAAAACAUUUAGAAACGAUUUUAUUAGAAAAACGAAAUAAAGUUAGUCAAUUAACCGAAACAACAAAUAUAUUAAUGAAUAACCAAAAUACACAAACAGUUGAUAAAGAUUUAAAACAUGAAGGCAUACAAACUAACAAUAUAAAAAAAGAAGACAAUUCAAUACAAACUGGCAUUAAGGAUAUAAACAAUCAAAUAUAUGUUAGAGAAAAUAUGGUUAAUAAAAAAACCAGUAUUGAUUCAAUUUUUUUCAGAAAUUUAACUAAAGAUUCUGGAUUGCAAGAAGAAGCAAAUGCUCCUACUAAAAGUAAAAAAUAUGAAUAUGGUGAAAAUCAAAAUAUCGAUAUAAGCACCAACUUAAAUAAAGAUGAAUAUGAAGAAUUGAAAAAUAUAAAUGAUUUAAAAAUAAAUAUUUUGGAAAAAAUAAAAAGUUGUUAUAAUAAUAUAGAUACUGAAAAUAACUAUGAAGAAGCCAUAUUAAUGAUAAAUGAUAAAGGAGAUCAUCAAAAAAAUAACAAAGAUAUUAGCAAUAAUUUGUAUAAUAUUAAAAGUACUGGAGAUAAUAAUGUUCAAAACAGAAGUGUAAUAACAACAGAAACAUUUGAAACUAUUAGAUCAUUUGAAGAUAAGGUAAAAAUAUUAAAAUCACAGAAUGAAAGAUUAAAAAAAAAAAUAGAAAAGUUGUAUGAUGAAAAGGAAAAAAUACAAAAUGAUUAUAAAAAAAUGGAAAAAAUAAAAAAAAAAACAAGAUAA